UCGGAUCGGGAUUCGUGCGGCGGGCUUGUUUACUGUGACGUCGUCCCCGGGCCACCGGGUAGGAAUCCGCGUCUCGCCUCCGUUCACCGGGUUCGUCCGGAUCGGCGGCCGCCAAUCGCGUGCACACCAAGCGUAUCGACCGCGAGGCGGACGUUCGUUCGUCCGCGUUUUGUCAAAACGAGCAUUCGGUCCGUCCGGUAAGAGAGAGAGAGCGCGGCCGCUCUCUCGGAUUAAAGACCGCCGGGCGUCUCGUUUUCCCCUUCUCCCUCCCCCUCCCCUACCUUUACUCUAUCCCUCGGGGAGAGAUCGCGAUCCGUCCCCGUUAGCGAUUUAAUGACGAGUGAGCGUGGUGAGCGGUAAGGUGCGAGGGUGGCCUUCCACGGGACGACGACUCCACGCCCCCGUCGGUACCCUUUUUUUCCUCUCGCCGAAGACACGCGCGCAGAGAGCGCCUCAGUGAAAAUGGCAGAGGAAGGCGCUGGCGGAUCGGGAAACGGGAGCAGCGGCGAGACGAGCCGUUUGCAGCUUUUGCAGGAGAUGCGACAGCAGAACUUCGACACCAUACGAUUCGCGUCGUACCGCACCGCCUGCAAGCUAAGAUUCAUACAGAAAAAAGUGCAUUUGCACAACGUUGAUAUAUGGAACGUGAUCGAGGCGUUUCGAGAGAACGGUCUGAACACAUUGGAGCCGACGAGUACCUUGGGAGUGUCCAGACUCGAAACACUACUGUCUUCCCUGUUUCACGCACUGAACAAGAGAGUCCCGGUGUCGCAGCAGUCCAAAGUUGACGCUACCACGGCGUUGUUGAUGAACUGGCUACUAGCCGCUUAUACCAGCGGGGAGAACAAUAAGAUAUCCGUGUUCUCGGUGAAAGUGGCUCUAGCAACGUUGUGCGCGGGAAAACUCAUGGACAAAUUUCGAUAUAUAUAUUCGCAAAUAUCCGAUAGCAACGGGCACAUGAUACACUGGAGGUUCGCCGAUUAUCUGAAAGAGGUUCUAGCUUUAACCGCGGCAGUCUACGAGUCUCCAUCAUUCGGAUAUUCCGAUGGUCUUGCUAAUUCCAUUUUUCCGGCGAACUCCAAAGUCACUGUAAACGAUUUCCUGGAUACACUUAUGUCGGAUCCUGGACCACAUUGCUUAAUCUGGUUGCCGUUAUAUCACAGAAUGGCGGCCGUGGAAACAGUUGCUCAUCCUAUUAUGUGCGAUGCGUGUCACAAGGAGAACUUCACCGGAUUCCGAUACAGAUGUCAGAAGUGCCAUUCGUACCAGCUAUGUCAAGACUGUUUCUGGCGCGGUAAAGUUUCAGGAACACACAAUAAUGAUCACGAAACGAGAGAGUAUAGCAGUUUCAAAUCACCGAGCAAACAAAUUGGCCAUUCUCUGCGGAAGAGCUUCAGAUGCGUUCCCGAGAAAGGGAAGAACAGUCUACCACGAUUCCCGGAACAACCUGAGAAGACGUUAGAUUUGUCGCAUAUUGUCCCACCGUCACCUUUACCAUCUCACAACGGUUUUCCAGAUCCAGGAUUUAUGGCUCCAUUUGAUUCGGGUUCAAUGGACAGUCGUUCGACCCUGAGAAGUAUGGACAGUUCAAGAGUGGACGAUGAACAUAAAUUAAUAGCACGAUAUGCACAAAGGUUGGCACAAGAAGCUAGGACCAUGCCUCGUACCGCGUCCAGAAUGUCCCAGGCAGAUCAAGCGGGUCGAGCACCGUCGGAUGUCAACCUGGCGUCAUUGGACGCGUCGCGGGCGCAGCGUGAGCUUAUAUCGCAGCUGGAAGCGAAGAACAAGGAAAUAAUGCGCGAGAUAGCAAGGUUAAGAAGGCAACAAGAGAUUGAAGCUGCAGGUUUAGAAAAUCCUGCGUUAAUGUCAGAAUUACGAGCUUUGAGGCAGAGAAAGGACGAACUGGAGACACAUCUAGCGACGUUGCAAGAUUCCAGAAGGCAGCUAAUGGUACAGUUGGAAGGUUUAAUGAAAAUGCUUAAGAAUCAUCAAGCAUCACCACGAUCAACGCCGAAUAGUUCGCCGCGAAGUACCAAGUCACCGCCUUUGCCACCCGGUGCCAUACCGAGCAGUAGAUCGGCACCGCCGACUCCUGGCGGACCCUUGUCUACGACACCUCAACAACAGCAACAGCAGCAACAACAACAACAAAUGCAACAACAGCAAAUGCAACAGCAGCAAAUGCCGCAACAAAUGUCCCAGAGCUAUCAAAAUCCCGUACCAACGACAGUGGCUAACGUGCAAGGCAAUGCUAUGCUCGGCACGAUACAGAAUCCCAUUCCAGAUAGCUUAUCAUGCGUUGGAGGCGAUGUAAGGUCUGCGUUCAGGACAAACAGCUUACCAGGCAGCGGCUCCAGCAGUGCCAAUAAUAGUUUGGGCCGAUCCUUAAGAAACGACUUACUGGUAGCCGCCGACAGCGUUACUAAUGCCAUGUCAACACUCGUGAGGGAAUUAAAUUCAGACGUGUUGUGGAAUGUGUGUGAUGCACCCCCCGUGAAUGUGUCCCGGUGGCUUGCAGACUCAGACCAGGAGGACCAUUCUCACAACUCGGGACUAAUGAACAUCAGAAAACCGUUAGACUUUGAAGUCGGUGAGGAUGGAGACGAUAGCAGCGGCGGUGGAAAUUCCUGGCGAGAGGAGCUACAGCGACGUUAUCAACAGGACAAUGACUUUUUGGUGGAAUUGCGAUCUCGUAAUAGUAUACCGCAAACACCAUCGGCCACAUUGUCUAGCGAACAGGAGCAGGAGAGAGGCGAGAGAGAAGAGGCAGAUGGUGAGAAGGAAGAUGAGGAAGAAUCCAACUGGGCAGAAGCGAUGAAAAGAUGGGUCAAUCGAUAAAUCGAUCUAGCGAGGAGCACCGAGCAUUAGGUGUCAGAGAUACGAGUUUGAGAAAUUAAAUGAAAAAGAUGCGACCGGAUUACAUACACCUACACGCUGUGAACUAAUGCUUCAAUUAGUAUACAAUGUAAUCUUAUUGAAAAUUGGAUGUUGUGCGAUUUCGAAAAGCUAUGCAUUUUGUGGUACUUACAGUCGAGGGACGAUGCGAAAAUCGACAAAUUGUAAUUGAUGUAAUUGUAUUUGACGAAAGUCAUGAAGAUUUUCACGUAAAACGUGAUGUGUACGAAGUAACCAAGUACUGUAAUUCAUUCGUAGAAUGGCGAGCAUACAAUGAUUUUGCUACUGCGUUUAUUUGCAAUUUGUAAUAAGACUGUCAGAGUUUGUUAAAUAUAUACCCAUAUACAUACUAUACAUAUAUAUAUAUACACACAUAACUAUACGAAUACGACUUGAAAAUAAAUAUUUGCGUUUUAUUACAAUUUUUAUUUGUUGUUAUUAUUGUUACCGCUAUUUGUAAUUACUAUUAAGCGAAUUAAAUGCAAUAUACAAAAGUACAGUAUGUAUCUUGUAAUUCCAUCGCUUUAAAAACUAGUUUAAUUUUAAGGAAUUAUAUAUCUGUACAUAUUUGAAACAAGAUAAUUGAUAAUUGUCGAAAUGAUUUUAUCAUCUCGCAAUAUUAUUUAUUCAUGCAGACGUUAUAUUUAUAUUAUACAAAAAAUUUUGCACAAGUGUUACCAUACUAUUGACCAAACCUGAAGUAAUUAACUGUAACAGUAAGGCAAUUGCAGUUAAAUCAAUUUUUUGAUAUAUAUUACAAGUUUAGCAGAAACUUGGUUUGGAAAGCCAAAGUGUGUUUUUGUACAUUCGUACCGGCACUUGACGUACAAUAAUAAAGCUAUUAAAUAAAAAAAGGAAUAAUACAUAAACGAGUAUAGAAGUAUCUGACACAUUAGAUAACGCUUCGAAUGACGACUUUGAAUUUGUUCACAUUUACAGUUGCAGAAUACGAAAGAGUAGAGGAACAAAACUAGUCUUACGUACAAAGUACUCGUUUUUCAGUUCCUAGGAUAUAAGAGAAUAUUUCGAUUAAUAAUUCAACUGUUAAAACAUGACUGCUAUCGAUAAAAACUAAUGCGUUUUGUAAUAUUUAAAUGUCCUGUCCGCAAAGUAUCCUGUGUAUAUAUACGCAUGUGACGUCCGAAUUUCCCUUUGUCUAUCUCUUUGCGUAUGAAAAUGAUGUAGCGCCUAUGGAAACUGAAUAAAAAUUUAUAGAUACAUAA